AAUCACCUCAACCACCACAAUCGCAACUACUGGGGAGAGAUGGCUGAUCUGACCCCGGCAGUUGCCCUAGUAAUAGCAUUGAUAGCUCUCCUAGUCGCAGGAUUCUAGCUCACCCAACAACUCAUGGCAGCGGGCUACACCAUCCGCAAAUGCGACCGGAUAAUAAGCGGGAACCUCACGAACGGUGGUAAGCGUCGCUGGCACUGGCGACAAUUCCGGUUCACCGUGACCUAUGAAGGUUUAACCUUCUGCCUCCCACUGGAAUUGUACGCGUCACUGAACGUCAGUCCUGCCGUGUCCGUGAGCCCGGAAAUGACGACAGGGCUCUGGGAACGGGCGGUGAAGCUGCGCGGCGAAAGGAAGACUGAUCAGGGGUGCUGGGUUUCUUUUGUGCAGGAUAUGGCGCCGUACAUUCUUCCCGAAAAUCUUGGGAGGAAGCAGGAGAGUGGGGAUAGGGUUCCGGAAGACCUUACUGUUGCGCCCGUGCAGGUUGAUGUUAUCACGGUUGUGUUGCUGUGCGUUGCGGCGGGUAUGAAGUUCUCUAGGUAUUCAUCUACGACUGGUGAGAUUAGCAUGAGCGGAAACAUCGGGGCCAUUACCAGUGCUGAGCAUCCUGUCUUGGGCGGUUUGUUGCAUUACACCCCUGGCGUUUUAGCGAUAGCGAAUGAGAGCCUAGAAGGGAUGAGGAUGCGCUCACGGGCAAUGAACCAGGGGAAGGGAGUUUGGGCAAAUGCGGUAUUUGGGAAGUUCAACGAUCGGAGAAUUGGUCGCGGAUUCAUCAAUUUUUCCAUGCUCCGAAAAAGGGUGGGCAGGUAUUUUACUGCAUCAUGGAUGGCCAGAAGAUAGCUAUACCGAUAGUAUCGGCGGAGCCCAAGGGUUUAUGGCAUUAGCCACAGUGGACGUCUACAUCACUAUCCCACCGACAUGCAUUUAUCGCUGGUGUGCCCACUUCGCAGAGGUUAUCGUCAAAGCCCAUCUCCACGAAAUACAAGGCACAGAGCCAGUUGUACACCCACCAGAUUUUCGAUCAACUCCACCACAUUCACCUCACCAAUACAAUUCCGGAAGUCUUAAACAUCCUAUCGAGCACCUCCAACUCCUCAACCUUGCAAACCAGGGCCUGCUCUCCUGCGGAACUGGUAUAGUUGAGACCAAAGAUCCUAGUACAUUUGUCACUCCCACCGCUGCUUGGGAGGUAAUUAUGAACGCCGAUGCCGCUUCUCAUGCUCUCGAGAAAGAAGUUCCCGGAAUCCGCUACUACUCGAACAGCGUCGUGGCAGCAUCAAUCGCUGAUGCAGAAGUGGGCGCCCCGUCAUGGGGCCGCGCCGGCAGCAUCAUCGCUGCGUGGCCACAAACCGUAGCAGAGGCUUGCAGAGCCACCUCAAGUGGCGAAGGUUUCCAACCUGAGAAAGAGAGGUUGGUUUUCGCACAUGCAAAGUUGUCGAUGCUACGGGCAAGUUAUGUUACUAUUAUGUUAAAGGCGGCUGGAAGUGUGGGGCCCGGAUUGGAGGAGGAUAGUGAACUAGUCACUGGGCUGGCGUAUAUGGCGUAACUGGAUUUCCGGGAGUUGUAUGGAGUAAAUUUAAAACUUUAUCAGCA